GUAACUUUGACCCAACGAUUAUAUAGAGAAACCCUAAACCCUUGAAUUCUACCUCUCAUCUUUUUGCCUCUCCCUUAUUCGAAACCCUAGCGGCACUAAACUACAAGCAAUUAUGGUUUCUUCGGGAGGUCGUGGAGGCGGCGGUGGUUUCAGGGGCGGACGUCAUGGUGGAAGAGGAACGGGGAGAGGACCACCCGGCGGCCAAGGGAGGGGCGGCCCGCCUAGAGGCUGUCCGAAAAAGGUACGAGGCAGGGGAGGAAUGAAGGGAAACAGCAGGGUUGUGGUGGAGCCUCAAAGGCACAAGGGAGUGUUCAUUGCCAAGGGUAAGGAAGAUGCCCUUGUCACUAAGAAUAUGGUCCCUGGUGAAGCUGUCUACAAUGAGAAGAGAAUUUCUGUUCAGGUUUGAAAAUAAGUUUUAGUCUUUCUUUAUGGUGCUGGAGUUUACAACAAGCUUUUGGAGUUCAUGAACUGGAAGUGAGGUUAUGAAGAGCACAAGAGGUUUUUAUUUCUUUUAAUUUUUAGUUUAUGGUGUGUUGGUAGAUCACGUCACUGAGUACCUGUAUUUAAUCUUGAUAUGGAUUAGUAUUUAAUCAAAAUUUGAAUACUCCAUAAUUUCUAUCGGACCUUCUUCCUAUAAGCUACUCUAUAAUUCUUUAAUGUGACUCUAACAAGUAUGGAUCCUAAUGUGUACAAUGUGCAGCCAUGCUGUAAAUCAUAAGAAGAUUAUAGGGUAUUUAGUUUCAUGAUUUGGUGUUGCUAUACCCUGAUUCACAUAUUGCUACAAUUUUAUUAUUAAAAUUCUUUUUCCAUAUGGUUCUUUGCUUCUUUUUUUUGGCCUAACAAAGUCUAAAUACCGGAAGACCAAAUUGAAGGAUAAGCAUGAGCAGAGCUCAAGACUCAGCACACCGGUAUUGCCUGUGGUUCUAUAUGG